CCCCUCGCCAGUCUGGGCUAUCACCAGUGCCGCUGGAAUUAUAAUGACCAGGAAGAUGUGAAGUCAGUGGACCAAGGCUUUGACCAACAUGACAUCCCUUAUGAUUUCAUAUGGCUUGAUAUUGAGCAUGCAGAUGGCAAGCGCUACUUCACCUGGGAUCCCCACAAGUUCCCUCAGCCUAAAGAGAUGCUUCAGGGCCUAAUGGACAAGAGACGCAAGAUGGUGGCUAUAGUAGACCCCCACAUCAGGGUUGAUAGUGGCUACAAGAUCCACAACGAGAUUACUUCUAAAGAUUUCUAUGUUAAGAACAAAGAUGGCAGGAAUUAUGAAGGCUGGUGCUGGCCAGGAAACUCUGGAUACCCAGAUUUUACAAAACCAGAAAUGCGGGCCUGGUGGGCCAGCAUGUUCGCCUAUGACCAGUAUGAGGGUUCGAUGGAGAAUCUCUUUACUUGGAAUGACAUGAAUGAGCCGUCUGUCUUCAAUGGGCCUGAGGUCACUAUGCACAAAGAUGCACUGCAUGGAAAGUGGGAGCACAGAGACAUCCACAAUAUCUAUGGACUUUAUGUGCAAAUGGCCACUGCCGAAGGUCAGACUCAGCGAUCUGGUGGAGUUGAAAGGCCUUUUGUGCUGACCAGAGCCUUUUUUGCUGGUUCUCAGAGAUAUGGUGCUGUUUGGACUGGUGAUAAUGCAGCUGAGUGGGACCAUCUCAAGAUUUCUAUUCCCAUGUGUCUCAGUCUUGGGCUUGUGGGCGUCUCGUUUUGUGGAGCUGAUGUUGGUGGCUUUUUUAAGAAUCCCAGCACUGAGCUUCUGGUUCGCUGGUAUCAGACGGGUGCGUAUCAGCCAUUCUUCCGUGCUCAUGCUCAUCUAGACACCACGCGCAGGGAACCCUGGCUCUUUGGCCCGGAGAACACUGCACUCAUCCGGGAGGUAAUCCGCCAGCGUUAUGCUCUUCUGCCAUACUGGUACCAGCUGUUAUACCAAGCACAUAAGACCGGAAUGCCUGUCAUGAGGCCUCUUUGGGUUGAUUAUCCCAAGGACACAGCAACUUUCACC